UCAUUGUGGCCCUGCAAAGACAACGCCAUCAUACCCCAUACUCAGCAGCUAUAGCGAGUGGGGCAGCUCGAAUAUCACACAGGAUUUAUGUAGGCUACGAGGUUAUUAUUGUCACAAAAACAUCAAGCGUCUCAUCUUCAACUGCAAUGGAAUACAUUCGUCCGGUUAAUUAGACGCCUUCGAAUCGGGCCUCUGUUUUUGCAGUACACAAAGCAAUGUGGAGCAAAUAAAGAUCCUGAUACACUGAAACCAGAGCAGGUUUGUAACGGCAGAUCUCUGAAGAGGAGUAACGAUCGGACCAAGAUGCAGCGUGAUCAAAGGGCAUACAAUUCACAUAAUGAAACAAUGAAUGCGCAAGAAUUGCCGGGAGACAGCUGAGCCAUUCUGGAGAGAGACUUGCCUAUAUCUUCGCCACACACCCCUCCGGUCAAUACUCAGGAGAAGACCCAGAUGCAGACAGUUCCGAAGUAACAAAAACAGGAGGGCAGGCUAACGACAAGUCAAGGGCAGGCAGAGAAUAUAGAUAAUGGGCUGUGUACAAUGCAAGGAUAAAGAAGCAACGAAACUCACGGACGACCGAGACACCAGCAUCUCCCAGAGUGCCACAGGCUUCCGCUAUGGCGCCGAUCCCACGCCGCAGCACCAGCACUAUCCCAGCUUCGGGGUCACCGCCAUCCCCAACUUCAACAACUUCCAGGCACCUGUCGGCCAGGGGAUGACCGUCUUCGGAGGGGUCAACACCUCCUCCCACACCGGGACCCUACGCACCCGUGGCGGAACAGGAGUCACCCUCUUUGUGGCACUUUAUGACUAUGAGGCGCGGACAGAGGACGACCUCAGCUUCAGGAAAGGGGAGAGGUUUCAGAUUAUCAACAGCACUGAAGGGGACUGGUGGGAUGCUCGUUCCCUCACCACCGGUGGAAAUGGUUACAUCCCCAGUAAUUACGUGGCUCCAGUGGACUCCAUCCAGGCUGAGGACUGGUACUUUGGGAAACUAGGCCGGAAGGAUGCAGAGAGGCAGCUGCUGUUCACUGGUAACCCCCGUGGCACCUAUCUCAUCAGAGAGAGCGAAACUACAAAAGGUGCCUUCUCCCUGUCCAUACGAGACUGGGAUGACAUAAAGGGGGACCACGUGAAGCAUUAUAAGAUCCGUAAGCUGGACAGCGGCGGUUACUACAUCACCACCAGGGCUCAGUUUGAGACCCUACAGCAGCUGGUACAGCACUACUCAGAGCGGGCAGCGGGGCUGUGUUGUCGCUUGGUAGUGCCCUGCCACAAAGGGAUGCCCCGCCUCACCGACCUGUCCGUCAAAACCAAAGACGUGUGGGAGAUCCCACGGGAGUCACUGCAGCUCAUCAAGCGUCUGGGGAAUGGGCAGUUUGGGGAGGUCUGGAUGGGAACGUGGAACGGCACCACUAAGGUGGCGGUGAAGACCCUGAAGCCGGGCACCAUGUCUCCCGAGUCCUUCCUGGAAGAAGCCCAGAUCAUGAAGAAGCUCCGGCAUGACAAGCUGGUGCAGCUCUACGCUGUGGUGUCUGAGGAACCCAUCUACAUCGUCACUGAGUACAUGGGCAAAGGAAGCCUCCUGGAUUUCUUGAAGGAUGGGGAGGGACGAGGACUGAAGCUGCCCAAUCUGGUUGACAUGGCAGCCCAGGUGGCAGCAGGCAUGGCGUACAUCGAGAGGAUGAACUACAUUCACAGAGAUCUGCGCUCGGCUAACAUCCUGGUCGGGGACAACCUGGUGUGUAAGAUCGCCGACUUCGGGUUGGCCAGGCUGAUUGAGGACAAUGAGUACACAGCACGGCAAGGUGCUAAAUUCCCUAUUAAGUGGACAGCCCCGGAGGCUGCGCUGUUUGGGAAGUUCACCAUCAAGUCAGACGUGUGGUCGUUCGGCAUCCUGCUCACUGAGCUGGUCACCAAGGGACGGGUACCCUACCCAGGGAUGAACAACCGGGAGGUGCUGGAGCAGGUGGAGCGAGGCUACAGGAUGCCCUGUCCCCAGGACUGCCCCAUCUCCCUCCACGAGCUCAUGGUGCAGUGCUGGAAGAAGGACGCCGAGGAAAGGCCCACCUUCGAGUACCUGCAGGCCUUCCUGGAGGACUACUUCACGGCCACGGAGCCGCAGUACCAGCCAGGGGACAACCUCUAAACGCUGGGCUGGGAACAGGACUGGACUGAACCGUAGCUCUCUGGAGCCCCACCAGGGACCAGGGACCUGUACAUCUUCCUCAACUUAACAGAGCAUCUUGUCUCAACUCUCCUCACUCUCCGUGGCUGACCCUGAGACUCAACAGACUGGAUACCAGAGGUUUUGUGUGUGAGGGAAAGUGGGGUUUGAUCUAGCUGGGGCUGGGUUAAAUAGGUUGGGCGUGUAUGGGUUAUGAAGGAGGGAGGGAGAGGGGAAGGGAGGGAGAUUUGGGUGUGGUUGGGUUUGUGAUGAUGCAAUGAAAUGCCUGUAUUCAAUGUAAAUAUGAACAGCUUGUUUGCUUAACUUUUGGGCUUUAUUUUGUUGGUUUGUUUGUUUGACAUAUUUUCUCCAGCACAAUAAUGAUGAUGACGAUGAUAAUAAAGAAAUUAUGACCAUUUCAAAAGUGCACCAUGAGACCAAUAUCUCAAGUUAUCUGGUCUCUUCCAAUCCAGAUUCUCUUCCAAUCCAGAUUCUACAGGACAUUCCUUUCUUUGCAAAGUCAUCUUUUUUCCCGACUAGGCUAGCAUGACAAAGUAGUCUGUUUUUCUAGCAAUGCUUCUUAUGAAGUAAGUUUGAUAUGAUUCAUCAAUGUGAGAUAGCUUUGUCCUCCUCAUAAUAAUAGAUGUUGGGCUAAUGCUGUAACAAAGUUAUUUUACAAAUAAUGUAUGUUACAUUUUGUAAUUGCAGCCAAACGUGUAAGAAUUAUACUUUUGAACAUAUCUCUUCUCGCUUACCAGAUUUUAAGAAAAGUAAAUAACGGGGAAAAAUCUGUCUUUCCAGGUAUUAUUUAGUGUGUACUGGAAGGGCAUACCGUUUAUUUAAGAAGAGAAAGAUGUAUGUCGACAUUUAAUGGUCAUAUUUGAACUUGUAUGCAGAGUUCCAUUUGAACAGCCAUUCCAAGGCAUCCAUCUCAUGGACCUUGUUUCCUCCAUGAUGUGUAGCCAUGUACUGGGAAGUCUUAGUGGGUAACGUCUCUUCCUCCCUCUGUGAACAGUGACAUGUCCCCAUUCACCUCAUGUCCCACCCUAGGUCUGUCUGUAUGCAGUACAGCACCACCAGUAGGAUCCUUUCUCAGCUCAUUUCUGGACCACUUCCUUUGGAUUACUUUACCUUUUUUAUGUUUAAACUGACAUGGAUAUUUUAAGUCUUGUGUCUUUUGUUUCAGAGUAUGUUUUAUUGAACCUUAAUUGCUAGAUCUUUGAGGAAUGGGUUGUACUGUAUCUUCAAGGGGAAUGUUGAAAGACACUGGUGAAACGUCCAGCUGUAAAGCUUGACCUUGUUUGUCUCAAUGUAGUAUUUGUUCUUAUCUUAAGACGGUUAAAGUGAUAAUCGGGAUCUGUUUAAGAUUGAACCCCAUCGUUGUUUUACAGUUUUACAACUUAAUGGUUUUAAAAGUGUCAGUAAUCCUCCUAGUUUAUUUCUUCCAUUUUCCAUUUUUUUACAUUUCUGUUUUGUUAAUUCAGUGGUUUGGCAUUUGAAAUUCAAAAAGAACAAUAAACAUUUUACACUCUU